GUUGUUAGACGAUUGUUUUUGCGAUCUGUACUAUGUUUACUAAUAAUGGUGUGUAUUGUUGUUGGAGCCGUUGAUUCUGUCAUGGGUAGUGAGCAUGUGGUGCGUUUUACUAUCAGCGCAAACAGUGAUCUGGACGCACUAUCAUCCAUCGCUGACACUGCAGUUAAAUCGCGUUGGAAACGGGAAGCUGGUUUGGAUUUGAAACAGAAAUGCCAAAAGCAGGAAGAAAAACAUCUGACUGAAAUGAAAAAUGGAAAGCGUUACGAAACAAAGCACAUUUUUACCAAUGAAACACACUAUAACCUGGCUCUAGCAUGGGCAAGUGACAAUGAUAAAGGGACACUUAUUGUUGUGACAUCAGAGGUAGUCAUGAUGAUGUUUGCCAUGUCCAGUGUGUAUCGAAGUACUGACUAUGGAAAAAAUUGGGAGAAAAUUGACAACAAGAUAGAAAAUGCAAAAAUUAGAAAGGACAAUGGGUUGCAGAGAAAUCCACAUUUUGCAGAAAAGGUGUACCUCGUCACUCACAAGGAGCUCAUUUAUGUCACAGAAGAUGGUGGAGAAACCUUUUCCAAACGGAAAGCAGUAAAUUCAGACGAAAUUAUUGCUGAACCACUGAUAUUUCAUUCUAACAACUACAUAGACAAAAUUCUCAUCGUAUCUAAUAAUAGAAAGUUGUAUGUAACCACUGACAACUUGAAAAAUUACCGGCUCAUUAACAGCGAUGUAGCAGCGGCCAGGUGGGGUACCGAUGAAUCUGAUCCAGACAACAAAGGAAAUGUUGUAUAUGUUAUGAUGGGUUCAGAUAUUCAUAGACAUCCAUUCUUUUCAGGAAUACGGCCAUCUAUGUAUAACUUGGUUAAAGUCGAUCUUAAUGCAGAGGCAGGCAAAGGGACGACACUUUUGAAGCGUGUUUUGACGUUUGGUAUCCAAGGGAAAUUUCUAUAUGCUUCGAUCUUUAAAGAUGAACAUCCAUCUAACACGGCGUCUGAGCGGCUGAUGAUGGUGUCCACUGAUGGCGGCAAACACUGGAGUGAGGCUCAGUUACCCACGCUCACUGAGGACCGGUUUUACUCGGUGCUCGACAUGACAGAAGGUCUGAUAUUCAUGCAUGUUGACAACCCUGGAGACACAGGACACGGCACACUAUACACGUCGGCGAGCCUGGGGGUCGUGUACGCCACGUCGCUCGAGCACCACCUGUACCCCAACUACGGCAGCGUGACAGACUUCUACAAGGUGGUGUCGAUGCGCGGCACCUACCUGGCCAGCCAGCUGAACAAUGACAAGAGCAUUCACACGGUGAUCUCGUUCAACCGCGGAGCCGACUGGAACCCAGUGAAACCACCAUCAGACCACUCCUGUACUGCCAAUAAGUGUUACCUUCAGAUACACAACUACUACAGCAUCUCGCGUGGAGUGAAAGCUAGGCCGCCACUAAGUGUCGAAAGUGCAGUGGGGCUCAUACUCGUGCAUGGUCAUGUUGGUGACGCCCUACAUACCACACCACCCGAUGUGUACAUUACAAUAGAUGGAGGCUACACUUGGAGAAAGACUCUGGAUGGCCCCCAUGCAUACCAGAUUGGUGACAGUGGAGGGUUCAUCGUGGCCAUUCCAAUAUCGGACACUCUUGUAGACACACUCAAGUUUUCCACAGACUGGGGCCUCUGCUGGCAUGAAUACAAAUUUACCAACGAGACCGUGAUUUUCACUGGGGCUCUGACGGAGCCCGGAAGCAUGUCUAUGACGAUAUCUAUCUGGGCGUACACAAAGAAGGAUAGAAAGUGGGUGGUUUUCGUCAUCGACUUUGCUGAGAUCAUCAAACAGCCUUGUGACAACUCACAGUACGUGUCCUGGAUCUCGCACAGUGAGAUGAGAAAAGAGGAAAACAAAGAUGUCGAUGGCUGCCUGCUGGGGAAAAAAGAAAUAUUCACGAGACUGUCAGUGGACGCAUGGUGUCGGAAUGAAUACAAUCACAAAACGAGCAAAGACAUUCACAUCUGUCAGUGCACAAGAGAAGAUUACGAAUGUGAUUACACAUACUACCGACCUGUUGGCAGUGAUAGAUGUCAACGGGAUCCCGAUUUCCAUGGUAAAGAAAUUGACGUCUGUUUCCUUGGUCACGAAGAGAAAAUAAUUACCAAAGGGUAUCGGAAGAUCCCUGGGGAUAUCUGUACUGGAGGUGUGGAUCUUAAUGGAAAAAUUGUUAAUCUCACUGCACACUGUUCAGGCAAUAAAGGCUUUGUGGGGUACGAAGAAACUGUCAAGCCUCACGGUGGAAACAGUAAUUUAAUCAUUGCUAUAAUAGUGAUUAUUGUUAUCAUCCUCGUGGUCACCAUGUCUUCCUAUUUCGGCUACAAAAUUUAUCUUCUACGAAAACAUAAAGUUGUUUAUCGUUACUCGCUACUCAAGAGUGGUGAUAAUGACUAUGACAAUGAGUUUGAGCAUGCGCUUACUCAGAAUCCAACAGUUUAUGAAGACUCAACAGAUGAGGAGGAGCUUGGCGUGACACACCCUAAACGACAGACUAGUACACAACACACAAAGCACAAAGUCAAGUCAUACCACGAUGACUCGGAUGUGGACAUGCUAGAGUAAUGUUCAGUGUGUGUGGAGAAGAUUGUAUAUUCAAAGGCUGUGUAGAUACAUGUACAAUGUAUAUACAUGUUGUAUAAUUAUAUACUCUUUUUCUUCUUCUUUUUAGGACAUGCUAGAGUAAUGUUCAGUGUGUGUGGAGAAGAUUGUAUAUUCAAAGGCUGUGUAGAUACAUGUAC